AUGACUAUUCAAAGUUGUUUGGAUUAUGUAUGCUCUGGGAAGGCGUUGGAGUUUUCUGGGGUUACUGCUCAAAUAGGAAGGAGUGUGUAUAAUGGUCUCAAGGCAGUCUCAAAGGACGAUCUUCCUGAAGAAGGGCUAACGGUUAAGAUAGUUAAGCAGUAUCUUUUAGACACCCUUGGUUACUUUUGUGAAACUUUUGGUGUAGAGGACUGUAACAACUUUGAGGAUAAUAUGGUAUGUUAUCUAUUACCAGUGUUAGUAGAGUCUGAUUUGUUGCUGAAGAAGCCUUCUGAGUCAGAGUUGAGAGAUUUGAGGCAUGAUAAGAUUGCGGCCACUAAGGAUUUGGCUUUUGAUCCGUUCAGCUUCUUUUCGCCAACUUUUCCCCAGUACUUCUCUCAACUCCAUCAACCCGACCCUACGGUGGAGGCUGCUGUUGUGGCAGCCCCGAAGCCUGAUGUUGGAGAUGGCCUGUUAUUUAAUGCUAGUCCGGUAGAGACUGGUUUUCCGGUUGUUAGAUCGGUAUCUACCUCUUCUAAGGACCCUCGACAUGAUGUUCUUGGUUUGUUGCCCAAAUUUGAGUUGAAGGAUGCUGUAAUUACUUCUCAAGAACGCCGCCAAGCUCGAAAAUCGGUUAAGGAUAUAGAGCUUUUGAAGGGAGGUGUCUUCACUGGUAAAGGUGAUAGCCGAUCUAUGCGACGAGUACUUACCUAUGUUCGUGAUGUUGCAAUUGAGGAAGCUUUCACGGCAUUAGAGUAUCGGGAGCUAUUGAAGCGUCAGAUUUCUCAGACUGCUCGAGCUGCUGUUCAUCCUCGUAGAGUCACUACUCAGCCUGCUCUUAUUCAAGAGCUGCGACGAGAGGUCUCAAGCUUUCUAUCACUUUAUGGUCAAGGAGACUCUGGCAAGUUGGAUUCUUGGAAAAGCCUACUAUUUUUAUCACAAGGAAAGUCCGAGAAAGUUGCCACCUUUGCCCAGAGGUUUGAUGACGCCUAUAAUGAUGCGGUAUGUCUUGGUAAUGUCAUAGAUGAUGCUCAGGCCGCACUGCAAUUUGCGUCAUCUUUGAAUGAGCAAUGGUCGGUUAGUGCUGCUACUCUGAUAGCUGCUGGUGUUACUUCGUUGGCGGACUUAACUUCUCGCUUAGUCGCAGAAGAGAAGCUGUUCAAACAUUCGGUGAAUGUUAAGGUCUCGGUUGGUAAUGUUGACUCCACUGGUGGUAAAACUAUAUCUGUCUCGAGUAGUCAGAGAGUGGGAGGUCAAGCUACUAAGGAAGAUGGUGUAAGAUCAUGCUUCUAUUGCCAUCAGCCGGGUCACUUAAAGGCCGACUGUCCCCAACUCCGUGCUAAAAGGCAGAAUAAGCCAGACCCUAUUGGUAAGGAUCAAAUGGCAAAGCCUGUUCCUAAAGAAGGGCCAGGCGUCGACGGUGUCAGUCGUAGCUUAUCUUUUUAUGUACUAUCUUCACUAUGUCCCGAUCUUAUUAUUGGUUGGAAUGGUAUGUGCACUUUGGGGGUCAUUGUCAAGACUCAGCAGAACGAGAUUGUAUGUACGGGUGCCGUCUUUGGGGAGAAGAAGGAAGAUUCUGAGGAACCUCAAUGUCUUGCUAGGAUGGCCAAAGGUUCAUCUCCGGCUAUUCUGGGCACUGACGAUUUUCAUCAUGAUCCAUUCAGUGAGCUUAUUAUAUCUGAAUCAUAUUGGUAUCAUCUGCCCAGUGCUCCUGGUUAUCGUAUCCGGGUUAGACGGCUACGAGAAGGCGAGCAGAAGGAUACGGAGAAGCAAGUCUUCGUUUUCGAGUUGGAUCUUAAGGGAGCAACUAAACCUACUACCACUACCCCUCGUACUUCCAACUACUCGGAGAGGCUCAUAUCACGAUUGUCUGAGGAGGAUCGUGAGUUAUUCUAUGCUGAGGUGGAUGGUUACUUAUCACGCGGUUGGUGGCAGGAGGAGAUCCCGUCACCACAAGGCACGGAUAACAGUCUACCUCCCAUUACUGUAUUUCCGGUUAAAGCUCCGGGGAAGGCCUUAUCCUCUACCCCUAUACGGCCAUGCUGCGACGCUCGAGCCUACAAUAAUCUAGCGGAACCUGCUGGUUACUUGGGAGCUGAUAUUUCGUCACUAACCUCUAGGUUAUUGGGUGCCUACCGGAAAGGGGACUCCUUGUAUAUGCUAGAUUGUAGUCGUGCCUUUUACCGGCUAAGAACUAACUGGUAUCUCCCAUUGAUGGUCGGUAGGAAGCGAUUCUGGAGCAAUCGAGUUAUCUUUGGAAUAUCGGCUGGUCCCUCCUGUUUGGAGUUCGCGAUGACGUUUUUGUUACGUUAUGUAGCAGCUCUGGACCCAUCGCUAUCAUCGGUACGAUUUGAUGUAAUUUCCGGUUGCUGUAAGGUGGCGGGAUCAUGGAUAUAUCUCGACGACGUUACACUGAUGGGUAAUGGAGCUGACGGAAAACUUGAAAGGUUUUAUAAGCUGUUUGUGGAGACUGCUGAGAAGUUUGGUCUGUACUUUCCCCCCGAGAAGCAAAACUAUCUGUCUCCGUUUAAGGCUAGUGGUCCGGUGACCCAUCUUGGUUCAUUGUGGUCAAUAGUUGAUGACCAUUUGCAGUGUAGUUGUCGCAGAGAUAUUAAAGGUUUUCAACAGUUGUUUUCUGAACCUGUUAAAUCGAAGCGUGACUACUUUGCUAUUGGUGGAAAACUAGUUGAUUAUCCAAAUGACCAUGCUAGGGCUCGCCUUGCUAGUGAUCUUUUAAGGAGCAUUAUUGGAGGUUUCCAAACUCCAUGGGAUGAACGAGUUCAACUAGGAGAGGGAGAGGCUCGUCAAGUAGAUACCCUCUUGAACGUGUUGAAAGAAGAUUUCGGUACUCCUUGUUCACAUUUGAGUGCUACUGGUAAUGUGGCCAUUUUGGAAUGUGAUGCGAGUGCUGCCGGUUAUGGUUAUAUCUUUAGCUGUGGUUCGUAUCAUGCUUCUCGUGCUAAGGUUUUUCGUACCAACCAAUUGGCAUGGCACGUCAACCGCAAAGAAGCUUGGUGUAUCAUUCAAGGUUUACUCUCUAUUCUGCCAUUAUUGGAAGAAUACUGUCCAUCGUCAACUGGUGUGUCCUGCCCAUUAACUUUGAAAGUGGUAGGUGACAGUAAGUCGGCUCUGGCUUGGGCGCGCGAUAACCGGAGUAACGUCCGUAGUGUGGAGCGUCUGGCUAUCCGUCGAAUGCUGAAUACCCUAGAUGAUAUUCGUGCAAUGUUUGAUAAGAUGAAUGUUCGCCUAGAAUUUGUGAGAGUUCCUGGAUCAAGUAAUUUGGGAGCAGAUGAACUCAGUAGACUUCUACUGAAGUGGAAAGUCUGUCCAUGUGAAGGUACCAAGCCUGACUCAACCAGUGACUUGUCUGCACUAUGUUCUCUAUCUCUCAUGGUCGAAGGUGUUAAUGAAGAUGAGGAGAUCUUGAAGAAUGGUGGUAAAGAAGUGUGCCAGUCCCUUAUGUCUUUGGAGACCAGUCCACCAGCUACCGUUGUGCAAUGGUUACUUUCUCUACAGAAGCGUGAUCCUUUUAUCAAUUCUGUCCGAGAGUUCUUGGUGGAGGGUAAGAAGGAUGCUUAUUUGGAACGACUACUCAGAGAUCAUGGCCGACAAUAUGAGCUCAACCACUGUGGUCUUGUCGUUGAGUGCAGAUAUACCGAUAAUCUGGAAGGUAGAAUUUGUAUACUACUUCCUGGUGAUCCUGACGUUCUAGCCAAGUUUGCUCGCCAUUAUCAUGAGAAUAACUCCCACUGCUCGGUUCGUUAUGUUACCUAUCUAUUUUCUCGAGACUUUUAUGCACCCAACUUCAAGCAAGUGGUGAGGUCGGUAAUCCGAACAUGUGGUCCAUGUGCGGAAAAACGGGUGAAAUUGGCCUCGUCUGGUGGAAAAAUUUCUUAUGGUCAGUCGACGUCAGACCUCAGUGGUGUGUGGUCCACAGUAUAUGCUGAUACUGCGGAUAUAUUGGUUAAAGAUAGAUUUGGUUACCGGUAUUUGUUGGUAAUAGUGGAUAGUUUAUGUGGCUUCUGCUGGUUAUCUCCACUGAAAUCUUUGGAAGCGGUGGAGUUAGUCAGGGUGGUUUGUGGCAUUUGUAACCGGAUAGGUUGGCCACGGAAAUUUGUGAGUGAUGGUGGUCGGAACUUCACAUCUAAGUUGACCAAGACUAUGUUUUGUCGUGAAGGAGUGCUUCAAGACUGGGUACCUCGGUAUGCUGCUUUUUCUAAUGGUCGUGCGGAAAGAUGUAUAGGUAGCAUCAAAGCCAAGAUGCAGACCCUUAAUCGUUCCCAGAAGCGUGAGUGGUCUAUCCAUAUACCUACUAUUAAUAAGAGUAUUAAUCUUAGCCCUCUAUCGACCGGUACAACGCCUUUUGAUAUUUUUUUCCAGCGACGUUAUGAUAGUCCCCUUACAAGGAAGAUUGAGGCUAUCAACGAGUUGGCUAUGCAAAAAGAGAUGUCGAUGGAGACUUCUGGCGUCAAGCCAAAUAAGAAGUGUUUUAAGAUUGGUGACUUGGUAAGACGGUCUAAUAAGGAGGUUAAAGAUAACUCAGUCUAUGAAGUGAUGAGCUGCGGUCGCCACAGUUCGUCUUCCUUCACGUUAUCCGGCAGGCCAUCAGCCUAA